GGGAGAGUGUGUGUCAUGACCAAGGUUCUCUGCCUGAGUUCUCAGAACAAUAUUGAGACCAAUGGGGGCUCAGUCCCUCCUAUUGAUUAUCCACACUCCUAUAACCUUGCAAACAUUCAGGAAAUGCAGGCCUUGCUGCAGGCCCUUGUGAUUGUCUUGCUCAACUUCAGAUCUUUCUUGAGCGACCAACUUGGCUGUGAAAUUUUGAAUCUUCUCACAACCCAACAGUAUGAAGUACUCUCAAAGAGUCUCCGCAAAACCAGAAAACUGUUUGUGCAUGGCUUGCCAGGCUCAGGGAAGACAAUCAUAGCCAUGAAAAUCAUGGAAAAGAUCAGAAACACAUUCCACUGUGAAACAAAUAGAAUUCUCUACAUCUGUGAAAAUCAGCCAUUGAGGGAUUUCAUCCAGGAAAAAAAUAUCUGCCAGGCAGUGACCCGGAAAACCUUCAUGAAAGAUGACUUUGAGACAAAGAGGAUCCAACACAUCAUUAUUGAUGAAGCCCAAAAUUUUCACACUGAGGAUGGGAACUGGUAUGAGAAGGCAAAAGGAAUCACUCAGAAAAUGAAAUGUUGUCCUGGAAUUCUCUGGAUCUUUCUGGACUAUUUUCAGACUAGUCAUUUGCAGAAGAGUGGUCUCCCAAAUUUCUUAUGGCAGUAUCCAAAGGAAACGCUCACAAAAGUGGUACGCAAUGCAGAUAAAAUUGCUGAGUUCCUAAAAGUAGAGUUGCAAAAAUUCAAAGCUAAUCCUCCGUUCAGCAUCCCUCAAGGGUCCCUAAGCCUGCUCCAUAAAUUUUGCUGGGCCCACGGUGUAUCAGGCACUUGUGAGCUUAGAUACUUGAGUCUGGAAAAGAUCGUGAGCUAUGUAGCAGAUAAGUGUGGUGUUUUCUUGAGUAAUGGCUAUUCUCCCCAAGAUAUUGCAGUGCUUUUCAGCACAGACAGGGAAAAGCAAGACUAUGCGCAUAUGUUUCUGAGAGAAAUAAGGGAGAGGAGGAGAGCAUCUCAGAUGAACGAUGCCUCUGUCUGUCAUUUUGACAUGUUUGACAGCAUCCGUAGAUUCUCGGGCCUAGAAAGAAGCAUUGUGUUUGGUAUCAAUCCCAAUGCAACUGAGCAGCCCAUUUCCCACAAUCUAUUGCUCUGCCUAGCUUCCAGAGCAAGGAAACAUCUGUUUAUCCUGUAUUUUUCAACUCCUGAUGAUCGUAGCUCAACAGUGGCAUGCUGAACGGGAUAUAUGAGGUCCUAGAUUCAAUCACUGAUGAUGAGAAAGUAAAAUCAAGUUGAGGUCCUUCAGGACAAAAAGAAAGGUAAAGAUAUAAGAAAACCUUGUUCUGUAGUUUCUGGAAAAUGUAGGAAAGAAUUACCAAUGGAUAUUGUAACUAACUGAGUCUGAAAACAAAGUUGGAGAGAAAGCUGGCAAGGCAAUGUACACAUGACAUAUGCUACGGAAAUAUUGAGACCAUAAGGAUUGAAACCUUAGAUGAAGACAGCACAAUACAGUAAGUCAUAUCCAAUUCUUAAAACAGAAUUCCAUUUUAAA